UCGCUAUCUAAUCGGCAUAACGUGUAUCGAUUCCCGUAAUGGCCGGACCGCUAGUGACAGUACUAAUAAUAUUUACAUACGUGUAAAUGAAAUCCAAGUGGUGUUAUGGCGAUAAUUAGGGACCCUAUAAACUACGAUAAUACAGCAAAUUACAUAGCAUCUCUGGCAUUUAUCUGUAGUAUAUCCUGCACGAUACUAAUGCUGAAAUUCAGGGGCUUCAAGGCAUCGCUCAACUUUGCCUCGGGCAAGAAACUUAACUCAGAAUUCUCAGAGGACGUGUCUCCUGUAUCUGUGACGGGGGCCUAUAGGCUGAGCAGAAAUGAAUUCUUUGAAAGUGGCAGCCUUAGAGAACCACAUAAGACGAUCUCACCAUCUAUGGUUAAGCUCCCACCAGUGUUUCAACCUGACCCGACAGACCCUGACGUCAUCAAAUCCAAAAGUACAAGCAACCUCGCUCAACCAGCGAACGUGCCGACACAUUUGAGCAAAAGUACCCCAAAUAUAUCCACCGACCCGAAAGGCGGAAAAAACAAUGAUAGAAAUUCAACGGACAUUAGAAAACCAAACACCAAAGAAGCAAAGAAUCAAGAAAAACAACAGAAGAAGUUAGAGAAGCAACGGCUAGUUGAACAGAAGAAACAAGAGAAGAUUGAAGCACAAGAGAGAGCUAAACAAGAAAAGUUGCAAAAAGAAAGAGCGAAGGUCGAAGCACAGGAGCGAGCGAAACAGGAAAAAUUGGUGAAAGAGAGAGAAAAGGCAGAGGCACAGAGGCGAGCGAAAGAGGCGAAAGGACAGAAACAGAAGAAUAAAACGAAACCCGUAACAAAAACUAAAGCUAAUAACCCACUAGCAAGAGGCCCAGACGCUGCGUCGGGAACAUCACCGUAUACAACGAAUACUCUUGAUAGUUCUAUCAGUAAAACUAGCGGCCCACCUCCGUAUUCCGAUGACCAACCUCCUAUACAGGCUAGUAACCCUUCAAUGGUUCAAAAUGCGAAUGAUGACACUGGCAAUACCAGUUUUGGUAAGCCUAUAGAGACGGAUAAUACUUGGGAUAUGAUAGCGCAGCACAGACAACAGAUAAACAGAGUUCCGGUGUCCGGCGGGGUCAAGCAAGCGAUAGACGCGAAGCAGACGGGACAACGGUUCUACCUAACAGACAAUAACGCUGUUACUGGACGUAAGUCGCUCUAUGUAUAGUCCUUUUAAACUUUUGAAAAAAGAAACCAUACAAUGAUACGCGGUACGGUGAUGCAGUUUAUUUAUUCGAACAUGAUAAAGUUCUGUCGUUUUCGUAUUAUUCCUAAGAAAUGAAGUGUAAUGUAAUGACGGUUAGUCUGUAAGUUUUUAAGGAAUUAAAACUGUUAAAUUUAAGCAUAUUAUUAUAAUAAAUAACUAUUUAUUUUUAUUUUGAUA